UGGCGCGGGCUGUGUUGUCGCGCGGUGAGGUUCGCUCGGGAAUGUUCCUUUAUUUACAUCGGCUCCGGGUUGCUGUUGUUUCCGUUACCGUUAAAAUCUGGGAUCCGCUUCGCCUCGUUGUCCUGUCGCCAGGUCCUGAAAGGCAGAGCAGAGGACCGCGACUCUAUAUCCAGUGUACAAUGAUCCAGUGACAACUGCUCUUUACCAGAAUUUAUUAAUUAUGUUCAGCAGAAUGAAAAGUAGACGUCUUUCAUGGCCUAUGCAGUGAUAACAAUAAGUUAACUUUUGAGAUACAAUAAUCACGUUUUGAGAUAAAACCUACAUCAUGUUGAGUUCUGCUACAUGGAACAAAGAGAAAUCCAGCGUGAUGCUUCGGGAUGAACCUAAGUAUUAUUUGGUUGCUCAAGAGUGUAGUGCAAUUAAUAAACAUACUCAAAUGUCAUUAAGACUAGUAAGAGGUAGCAUAUUAAUGCUUCAGGAUCGUGGUCCUCAACUAUCAAACAUUCAUAGUAACAAAAAUAAAAGAGGGGUUGUUACCGUGCAAUGCUUAGAACAGCCAUAUAACAUCGUACAUGUUGAAGAAAAAGAUUUGCAAGAAAUUGAGGGAAGAGUGGCUGAACUACUUUUUGCUGUUUCAACCCCUGAGGAGAGGCAUGCUCUGUCCAAAAACAAGCCAAAACUGCAGGAAGCACUCCAAAUUGAUUACGAUUCGAACGUUAAAGUUCAGCUGAGGGCUGGAGGAGAAAAACUGCCUGGUAUUAUACGAUUCAAGGGGUCGUUGUUACAGAACAAGUUGCUAUGUGAAUUGUGUUUUGGAGUGGAAUUACUGGAAGAAGGCAGGGGUCAAGGCUAUACAGAUGGCUCGUACAAAGGAAAGCAACUCUUUCGCUGCGAUGAUGAUUGUGGAGUUUUUGUUCCUUUUGACAAACUAGAACUUGUUGAAGAGGAAGAUGACACUGAUCUCAAAUCUGGCAAUGCUGAAAUGUUUUUGUAUAGUGACAAGUCUGCCAUAGAAAUUAACUCGAGGGUGUCUGCCAUGAUUGACGAUGAAGUUGUGCAUGGAACAGUCGUAUUCUGUGGCCUGCUGUCGGGAAAAGAAGACUAUGGCUAUUUUCUAGGUGUUGAUAUGGAUAACGUCUUAGGUGAUUGGGAUGGCACAUGGGAAGGAAAAGUGCUGUACAAUACUUCACACGGAAAGAUCACCCUUCUGUGGAUAGAAGAUGCACAGCUAGACACCUCAGAAACACGGCCACUGAAACAAAACUUUGCAUCGAGAGGUAUUAAUGAAAAGGUCUCUUCAAAUGUCAGCAGCAGAUCAAAGAAUAAAGGACUUGUUUCACAAUUGGGAAAAUCUCCAGGGCAUAAUAGGAACCGAUCUGAAUUACGUUGCAUGUUAAAUGGUGCAUCUAUUGAUCCACAAAAAUCAAAAAGUACAUGGUAUAUUGAUGAAGGAAGUGAAGAUACAGUAACAUCACUAGUAGACGCACACUCCAAGUUGAGUCAGUCACCACCCACAACGUCUUCUCUUCAAGCUUCCCUUUCAAAUGAAAACAAAUUCCAUUCGUUGCCUUUCAGCCUUACCAAGAAACCCAAUGUAAAUGGAAGCAUAGGUCAUACCCUUUCCUUAUCUGUCCAAUCAGUAAUGAUGGAUGUGAAUACUGGUGCAAACCAAGAUGCUGAACCAGGAGGAGUAUCAACGAUAGAGCAGCCCAGUUUGGAAAUAGGAUCGUUGGUGCAAGUGAAGGAAAAUCAUCCUCUCUAUGGAGUAAUUCGGUGGAUUGGGCAACCUUUAGGAGUUAAUGAACAAAUAGCUGGACUUGAACUUGAAGAAGAAAACGUGGGCUGUACAGAUGGUACUUUCAAGGGAGUACGUUACUUUAUGUGUGCUUCGAAGAAGGCGUUAUUUGUCAAACUUAAAAGCUGCAGGCCUGAUUCGAGAUUUAUAUCAUUGUCUCAUCACUCCAAUCAAAUUGAAAGAUGCAAUUCAAUUGCAUUUGGAGGAUAUCGAAGUGAAGUGGUUAAAGAAAAUACACCUCCAAAGAUGGAAAAAGAAGGCCUAGCUAUAAUGGUUGGAAAGAAAAAGGGUAUUCAAGGGCAUUACAAUUCCUGUUAUUUAGAUUCCACUUUGUUCUGCAUGUUUGCUUUUAGCUCUGUGUUGGACACCGUAUUGCUUAGGCCUAAAGAAAAAGAUGAUGUUGAAUUUUAUACUGAAACCCAAGAUUUGUUGCGAACAGAAAUAGUCAAUCCUUUGAGAAAUCAUGGGUAUGUAUGUGCUACUAAAAUAAUGAAACUUCGAAGAAUUCUUGAAAAGGUUGAAGCAGCUUCAGGAUUUACUUCAGAAGAAAAAGAUCCAGAAGAAUUUCUCAACAUAUUAUUUCAUCACAUAUUAAAGGUAGAACCUUUAUUGAAAAUCAGAUCAGCUGGACAAAAAGUACAAGAUUGUUUCUUUUACCAAAUAUUCAUGGAUAAAAAUGAAAAUGUUGGUGUACCAACAAUUCAACAGUUACUGGAAUGGUCCUUUAUUACCAGUGACCUUAAAUUUGCUGAGGCACCUUCAUGUCUAAUAAUUCAAAUGCCUCGAUUUGGAAAAGAUUUCAAGUUGUUCAAUAAGAUAUUUCCAUCUUUGGAAUUGGAUAUCACAGAUUUAUUAGAAGACACACCCAGAGAUUGCCGGAUCUGUGGUGGUCUUGCACUUUAUGAAUGCAAAGAAUGUUAUGAAGAUAUUGAUAUAACUGCUGGAAAAAUCAAGCAGUUCUGCAAAGCUUGUACUACCCAAGUACAUCUCCAUCCUAAGAGGCAAGGACAUGAACAGAGAAAAGUGUCUCUACCAGAACAGAUGGCUGACUAUGCCUGGAGGCAGUGUUGUGUACCCAGACAGAAGAUGAAACUGUUUGCUGUGCUUUGCAUAGAGACUAGUCACUAUGUGGCUUUUGUCAAAUAUGGCCCAGAUGACUCAGCCUGGUUGUUUUUUGACAGCAUGGCUGAUCGGGAUGGGAACGUUAGAAGGAAUUCAAAUGCAUUUAACAUGGCAUUUGUUAUCUGCACUUCGAAUCUAGAAUCCCUCCAGGCUCUUCGGCCCAACAAGUCCAUACUAACCCUCCAAAGAGUAACCCAUCCAGACCCAUUUCCCUACUCUAUUAUCCUAUAUAUACCCCUGACUAAUGCACCUAACCUACACAUCCCUGAAUAUUUAGCUUGGCCAGUCCACCUAAUCUGCACAUCUUUGGAUCGUGGGAGGAAACUGGAGCACCAGCAGGGAACCUAUGCGGACACUGGGAGAAUGUGCAAACUCCACACACAGUCUCUUGAGGUGGGCAGAAUGGCUACAACAUCCCUCAGGUGACUCAGUGUCCUGAAAUAGGAGAAUAUUUAAAAAUGUCACCAGAGGAACUACAUGGUUUGGAUCCUAAAAGUAUCCAAGGCUUUGCACGAAGA